UCACAUCCAUACAUACACUCUUACACAGACAGAAGACGCGCGCACUCUCUCUCUCUCUCUCUCUCUCUCUCUCUCUCUCUCUCUGAAGAACUCUGGCUUUGCUUUCUUUCUUUAUAUUAAGCAAGCACUCUGUUUCUUCUCCUCUGUUCUUCGGCAACACCGCCAAAUCUUUAUAUUCUCACUCCUCAAAUCCUUUUUUUUCAAGAUAUGACGAAGCAGAAUGUGGUAGUUUCCCAGCCCGAUGCCGAAAUCAUGAACAUGGCGAUAUCGGUGGCUGUGGCCAACUCUUCCAUUUUCACGGCGGUGGCCGAAAAGCCUCCAGUGGGACCUCCAGGGUACAUCUCCAUUUCUCGAAGGAGGUUCGUGAACUUGAAGAACCUUGACAGUUUCAAUGGAGCUGAAAGAAUUAACUCUUGGGUGGACUCAAUGAGAGCUUCCUCUCCCACCCAUAUAAAGUCCUCAUCUUUUCUGAAAGAAGAUUGGAUUCGUCAGCACCCAUCGGCCUUGGACAUGUUUGAGCAGAUUAUCGAUGCUUCAAAAGGGAAGCAAAUAGUCAUGUUUUUGGACUACGACGGCACACUGUCACCCAUAGUUGAAGACCCAGAUCGAGCUUUCAUGUCUGAUGCAAUGAGAAAGACAGUGAAGAAAGUUGCUAGAUCUUUUCCCACAGCCAUAGUGAGUGGAAGAUGCAGAGAUAAGGUCUACAAAUUUGUAAGAUUGGCAGAGCUGUACUAUGCUGGUAGCCAUGGCAUGGACAUUAAAGGUCCAGCAAAAGGCUCCAAAUACAUGAAAGGUAGUCAAGGUAUUCUUUGCCAACCAGCAAGUGAGUUUCUUCCAAUGAUAGAUGAGGUUUACAAAUUGCUUGUUGACAAGACCAAAUCAACUCCUGGAGCCCAAGUGGAGAACAACAAGUUCUGUCUCUCUGUGCACUUUCGAUGUGUUGAUGAAAAGAAAUGGAACGAACUGUCGUUGCAAGUUAGGUCAGUUCUGAAGGAGUACCCAAUGCUCAGACUUACCCAAGGAAGAAAGGUCUUAGAAAUCCGUCCUACCAUCAAAUGGGACAAAGGGAAGGCUCUUGAAUUUCUACUAGAGUCACUCGGAUAUGCCAAAUGCACCGAUGUAUUUCCUGUAUAUAUUGGAGAUGAUCGAACGGAUGAGGAUGCAUUCAAGGUAUUAAGAGAAAGAGGACAAGGUUUUGGCAUUCUCGUCUCAAAAAUUCCCAAGGAAACCAACGCCACUUAUUCUUUACAAGAACCAGCUGAGGUUAUGGACUUUCUUCAGAGAUUGGUUGAGUGGAAACAAAAAUCAGUACGAUCCCAUGCUAUGCUGUAAAAGAGUUUGAAGAUAUAAAUAUAUUCGAAUGCACCCUUCCAAGAAUUGUCCAAGGGGGUGGUUAAUUUAGUCAGAUAAUGUAAUUUUUUUUUGAGGUUAAGUUUGGAAAAGCUCAAGAAAAAGAAAAAGAAUUGUAACUUUUCUUGGCUUCAAUUCCUUGUACAUUUUGUGACUAUCCUGUACAAGGAAUAUAUAUAUGUAAUCUGGCAAGUUUGUAAAUGGAAUUAUCUUAUUUCUCUCUCUA